AUGUCGACAAUCCCUUACAAGGCUAAGCAGGUCCAGCUGUUCGGUGGGGCAAUCACUAUCGAUCUUCCGCCCAAAAUUAUUGACGUCAGCACAUUCCGACAAGUUCCAGAUAGUCAAGAAGUCUUCAUAAGCACGUCGAGUAGAGAUAGCUCCGAUGAACAGCUGCAUCAAGGAGCAAGGACGACGGAGGAUGAGUUAACGAAAGAUCUUUCGAUGAUUAUCGAAGUACUUGAGCUCGUUGAUCUGAGGAACGAUCCCGAGUAUCUCCAACAGAACCACCCCGAUGAUGAUGACAAUGAUUGCGAUAACCACCCCAAAUCAAUCAUCAAGUACCAUUUUGAUUCAUUGGCCCAUGACAAUUCGUCCAAACUGGCGACAAUCAAAUCGAUUACGAUGCCGAAAGACAGGAGACAGUUUACGGAGCCACCGGCGACAGUAGCCGCGCAGGCAAACGAUCCACCAUCAGAUGAUGAGAGCGGAAUGAAGACGAGAAGGACGCCCGAGCCAGUGAAAUGUUAUGGUCUCCAAUCAGUCGCCAAGUUCAAUGAGGCCGAGUCCCACGACGUACAUAUCUGGCUUGCAUUGUGGCGGUUGAAUGGAAUCGGUAAUCAGGGCCGCGGCACCGACCUCGUCCUCACCUUCAAUCUUCCUCACCUAUCUUCUGCUGAUCCGGUCCACUUUCAGCAGUCUGUUGAAUUUACCGAUCAAAUCUUUCAGCAAGCCGCACGCAGUUUACACAUUGCAGAUUGGUCUCUUUUUGCUUAG